AUGCAAGAGUUCAUCUUAUAAACACCAGGAUUAGUUCAAAUGCUUUAUGCAGCCUACUACUUUGUCAAGCGCAUAUAUACUUUAGAAUAGGUUCAAGAAGUAAUAGCCCAAGUGAAGGCUAUUCAAACAAAGGACACGAAAACCUUAGUUGUUUCCCUCAAGCAUGAGUUUCAAUCUGAAUUACUGAGGGAACUCUUUUAUUUCUAUUACAGAGCUCUUAGUUUUUAGAAAGCCUUCCUUAACACCGAAGACUUAUAGGAAGAUGGGGUUGAAUAAGACAUACUUUACUUAGAGGCCCUUAUAAGUGUAAAGCCUAAAGGGUACUGA